AUGGUCUGCUUACUUACAGCAGAAGAAUUGGUAAAAUGUUCCACAGAAGUAAAACUUGUUCAUUUAUUCUCUUAAAUGUGGUAUGAGUUUUGGAAUAGAAUUGUGCUUACUGAGAGAGGAAGAGGGGAGAAAGUAAACCUCAUCCAAGACAUUUAGAGCAUGGUUGGCCAGGGGCUUUUUAGAUGAGCAAUAUUUUAAGAAAGAAAAUACAUUUGUGAGUAAUAUGAAAGUUCUGAUUUUUUCGACAGACCAGUAUGAACCAAGAAAAGUUAUCAAAAUUAAAAAGUGGAGUUCAAAUAGGAGGAAAGGUGAGAUGUUUAUUCAGGUACAUCUACACUGUCAAGAAUCCAGACAUUACAAAAAUGAAAAACAAUUUAACAGUAGCAGCCAGAUAAGUUACUGGUGCUUCAGAAGCAAGUAGCUGGUUACAGUGCCAGCUGCUGGUGCUUCUGGAGAAAGAUGAGAUGUUUAUUCAGGUACAUCUACACUGUCAAGAAUCCGGUAACCAGUCAACUCGCCGACGGACCAACUCGCCGACGCCAACUCGCCGACGUAUAAAAUCGAGUAGAGACGUCGGCGAGUUGGUCGUCAAUCCAAUACAACUUAUUAGAAGUUAAACAUACAGAGAAGUAAACGAUAUUUAGUAAAAAAAACACUGGCGAACAUUGGUGAACAUCAAACAGAAGCUUAAACAUCGGUGAACAUUGGUGAACAUCACCAAUGACUAUAACGAACGAGUUAUUGUGCGACAACAACACCGUAAAGACUCAUCUUGUCAAUCGCUCAGAUUUUUUAACGAAAACUUGGCUUUCUAGACAAGAUCUUUAGUAAAAUGCAAUUGUUUUUAUUUGCAACAAAGUUUAUAAGGAUCUUAAGGCGAAUAAAGCGAAGUAAACCUCACCAACAACUCUAACAGCUUCAGACGCGAACGAGUUAUUGUGUGACAACAACACCGUUAAGACUCAGCAUGUCAAUCGCUCAGUUUUUUUAACGAAAACUUGGCUUUCUAGACAAGAUCUUUAGUAAAAAGCAUUUCUUUUUAUUAGGCAAUUACAGAGUAAGGUGUUUGGAUUAUGGGAGAAAUAUGAAAAUGGUGAAAGAACAGCGGCCCAAUUAUUGAAAUCGAUGUCGAGAUUAAACGGACCUACAAGAGCAGAGUAAUUGCAUGAUAUACAUUACUUUCACAUGUUCAUCUGAUCUUUAUAAUAAAUGGAAUUUUAUCGUUUUUAUCGUAAAUCAAACGUUCUCGAUCAUGAAUAAAUCUUUCUUUAAAGUUAAAAAAAAAAACAUGUGGUUCCGCGUGGUUGCUAUGGUUGUCACACAAUAACUCGUUCGCGUCUGAAGCUGUUAGAGUCAUUGGUGAGGUUUACUUCGCUUUAUUCGCCUUAUGAUCCUUAUAAACUUUGUUGCAAAUAAAAAGAAAUGCUUUUUACUAAAGAUCUUGUCUAGAAAGCCAAGUUUUCGUUUAAAAAUACUGAGCGAUUGACAUGAUGAGUCUUUACGGUGUUGUUGUCACACAAUAACUCGUUCGCGUCUGAAGCUGUUAGAGUCGUUGGUGAGGUUUACUUCGCUUUAUUCGCCUUAAGAUCCUUAUAAACUUUGUUGCAAAUAAAAAGAAAUGCUUUUUACUAAAGAUCUCGUCUAGAAAGCCACGUUUUCGUUAAAAAAUCUGAGCGAUUGACAUGAUGAGUCUUUACGGUGUUGUUGUCGCACAAUAACUCGUUCGCGUCUUAAGCUGUUAUAGUCAUUGGUGAUGUUCACCAAUGUUCACCGAUGUUUAAGCUUCUGUUUGAUGUUCACCAAUGUCCAAUGUUUUUUUACUAAAUAUCGUUUAAUUUUCUGUAUGUUUAGCUUCUAAUAAGUUGUAUUGGAUUGACGACCAACUCGCCGACGUCUCUAUUCGAUUUUAUACGUCGGCGAGUUGGUGUCGGCGAGUUGGUCCGUCGGCGAGUUGACCGUAAACCAAGAAUCCAGACAUUACAAAAAUGAAAAACAAUUUAACAGUAGCAGCCAGAUAAGUUACUGGUGCUUCAGAAGCAAGUAGCUGGUUACAGUGCCGGCUGCUGGUGCUUCUGGAGAAUCUAGGAAACCACCUUAUCCUGGCCACAUGGGAUGAGAAGGAAGAGGAAUUUUAAGAGGUGAUAUGAUGGUGUGAAAGAAGAGAUUUAAUUUUGAGAAUGUUAAAUUGAUCAUGCUACAAUGUAAAGCAUGACAAUCAUAAGGAAGCAAGGAGUAUAUCAGUUGGCACAUUGGUUAUUUUCUAUGUUCAGGUGCAGACUUACAGCACAGUUGAUUUUUUGUGUGUUGACAGCACUGAUGUAAUAUAGGCAAGACUGAUCAAAGGUACUAUAGUUUUGCAUACCGGGGAAAAAAUAAAAGAAAGAAAGGCAGUGGGUCUCUCUGAUGUAGUUGCUUUGGCAGCUGAGCUAUUCUCCAAUGGCUUUUACCAAUAGGGAGAGAGCCUGAAGGUAGACUUAACACCCUGUUUCUGUCGUCAGAGCAAAACCUGGCUACGACAGCUUUCAACAUCAAUUUAUCCAUAUAAGCUGCAGGAAAAAAAAAAGUGCGUAACAUUUAAGUUAACUUUUUUAGGGCACACCCAGAAGAAAAAAGAAGAUAGUUCACAGAACAGCUGGAGCAGAUGAUAAGAAACUCCAGAACACCCUCAAGAAGCUUGCUGUGAACUCGAUUCCUGGAAUUGAAGAGGUAAAUUUUGAUUAAUUAUAAUGGUUGCCACAUGUAACAAGUAGCUUGUAGUACAUUCACCUUGCUUCUUUUAUGCAUCAACAAAGUUAGAUCAAUUUCAUUCUCAUUCUUGAUAUCACUGAUGGUCCAUUGCAAGUGAUAAGUUGGAUCAGGUAUGAGAAAAUUUUUUUUUUUUUUCAUCUGUUACAAUGUUCCAAUUACUUGUCCUUUGCAGGUAAACAUGAUUAAGGAUGAUGGGUUUGUCAUUCAUUUUACUAAUCCAAAAGGUAAUUAUCGGAAUUUAUUGAACUAACUCCUGAUAACUGGAAUCUUUCACUUUCUCAAAGUAACAAGGAUUCACACUGUGUGUCUUGCAUGCAUUAAGUGCAAUUUUACCCAAAUAUUUUAAAUCCUCUACAAUGGGAAACUCUUGCUAACUCAAUUUUACCCUUGGAGUUUUUUUUUCUUUUCUGGCUGUUGCUUUGUUUAACAGCAAAAGUGUUCAUUUGGUUUUUAACUCUCCUCUCUGUGGUACACCUUAAAUAUGCAUUGUUUGGAUGGCAGUUAAUCAUUUUUAUCCCACAAAAUUUGUCACUUAACCCUUCAACUCUAUGAAGUGAUAAACAUGUACAUGUAAUUUCUCCCUAUUAUAUCCUCACAUGUACAUACAUCAUCUAGCAAACAGGUACUCAAAUUUAUUGUGUAGAAUUUGUUAUCUUGAUGUAACACCAAAUUCUCACAACUAAUUUACAAGGAAAUGUGUAGCAACAAGAGGGAAGAAUAAGCAAUCCAUGUAACAUUGAAUUGUUGUACUUCUCCUAGUGCAAGCUUCCCUGCAGUCAAACACUUUUGCUGUGGUUGGUCAGUCUGAAACUAAAUGUGAGUAUAAUGACAGACUAAGUUUUUUAUUGUAUGUGCUUUACUUUUGCAAGACUAUGGGACUGAAUGUGAUGGGUGUAACACAAAACUGUUCUCGCCUACAAAUUUCCUUGAUCAAGUGAUGGAUUGUUCAUAAAAAAAAAGUUAUGUGUGUAGUGAUGUUAUCAAAACAGUUCAUUAUUAUUAAUGUUACUUGCAGUAAAAUGUAUGUGUACACCAGCCAUAACAUGAAUUAUAAUCUUGUAUGACUAAUAUAAUUUUUUGUGCUUGUCUCUCAGCAAUUGCAGAAAUGCUUCCUGGAAUUUUGAAUCAGUUGGUAAGUACACUUGUAUCCUUGUACAUGUACUCCUUAGAGCUAGUCUUUGGUUAGACAAGGAGUAGUCCUUGCCACUUGGAAAAGUCUGUUUUGCAAGUGCAAAAAGAAUCAUUAUAAAAAAAAAAAAAAAGAUUUGUGCUCACUGCUUGGAACUCUGGAAGAGAGGUGCACCAACAUCAUUUCUUUUUUUACUCAUGUGACAGACCUUGCUGAAAUGGAGGGUGUGCUUGUAGUUUAGUCUUUUGUAAGCUUUUUAAAGUUUCUCUAGAGAAACAGAUACAGAUAUCAUACAAACAUACCUGUUUAAGUUUAAUACAUUACACCUGUCACUAAUCAUGGCUGAUUGUUAACUGUUUAACCCCUUUGGGUGGCUGGCUUCUAAUUUCUCCAUACAAUGUCACUCUUGAGUCAAAUACAAAGGUCAUGAGAAUAAAGGAAAUGAUCACCGUUAUAAAGAGGUCUUAAGUUUCAAAACAAAUUCUCCUUGUCAGUAUCAUCAGAAAUGCAAGGAGAACAGUCUGGAGUGUAUGAGUUCUACUGAUAGGGAGUCAAAGGUUACAAAAUGCACUAAUAUGAUUACUUUUCUCAUUACCAGAGUAGUGAAGGUCUGACCAAUUUGAGGAAGCUGGCAGAGAAAUUCCCAAGUGAGUUAAAGAUAUCUGAUAAGUAACUGCUUACAGUAUCUCUAAAGUGGAGGUGGCUAGUGAUAUUUACCCCUGUGAUAUUUACCCAGUGGUAUUUACCCAGUGAUAUUUACCCAGUGAUAUUUACCCAGUGAUAUUUACCCAGUGAUAUUUACCCAGUGAUAUUUACCCAGUGAUAUUUACCCAGUGAUAUUUACCCAGUGAUAUUUACCCAGUGAUAUUUACCCAGUGAUAUUUACCCAGUGAUAUUUACCCAGUGAUAUUUACCCAGUGAUAUUUACCCAGUGAACCACAAAGCACUGAGGUAACUAACCACCAAUAGAAACUGACACUGAUGUAAAUAGUUUUUUUAGUGUAUACUAAAAUAGUGAGAUAAUAUAGACCAAAAAGAUGAUGUUUAUUCAUUUAUUCCUGAAACAAUUAUGAUAUUUUGGGGUGCAAAUCCUGCCACGUUGCCUAGAGGUAAAUAGUAAAAGAUAUUCAGAGUUGUAGUAGCCAAUCAGAGCUUGCCUUCAACAUUAUCCACUGUUUUAGUGGGAGCUAAAAUAUUUUUGUUAACCCUUAAACUCCCAAGAUCUGGAUGUUAAGUCUCCCCUCUAGCUGCCACACAGUCAUUUCCAUGUAAAUUGGUUAUGAGAAUUUGAUGGGAGAUCAAAAGGACAACUUCAACCUGAUAAGUUUGAGUAUUCUCAUUACCAGAUUGGGUGAUAAUGUGUGAAUAUUACAGGGAGAAAUCACAUGUUAAUCACUUCUGGGAGCUAAAGGGUCAAGAGAUGAAGGGAAACACAAAAGCAGCAAUUGAUAAAAUCACCAUUAAAACAGGAUGCCUAUAUGUAGAGAAGAUUUAAACAGUUUGGGAAAAAAAUGAUUUUACAACCUUCAUGUGGGUUGCAUUUCUAUAGAUGUAGAAACCAUGACUAGUGUAGGUAUCUCAAAUGUUGAAUCAUUUGCUGUUGUUAGAAUAAAAGUAUUCCUAUGGAGCACUGAAUAACAAACAACAAUUUCAAAUUAAACUGAAUGUUGGGCUUGUGUCUCUUUUGACUUGGAAUAGUUAGCCUUAAUAACUUACAUAUAGGUACUUUCGCAUGGAAAUCUUGACAGCUAUGUACUUGUAACUGAGUAGCUGUUUUGCUGUUUCACUUUUAGCAGCAACAGAUGGUGCACAUGUCCCAACUCAUACUGAGGAGGUUGACGAUGACGAUGUCCCAGGUGAGACAUUGCUCCUUUUUUCAUUUACUUUAUUGCAAACCAAUAAACUAAUAACCAGGGGAAAAAAAUUUUGAACCACCUGGCUGAGGGUUAGAGGGUGAAAACUUCCCUCUUGCUGUACUCAGCUAUUUUCACCUUUUGGCAUUCUUGAAUUUCUCUCAGGCUUCUGCCUAUUUCUUUUCACUCUUCAGAAUAUCUCUGGUUUGUAAUAGGGACUGGUUUUUCAACAAUCUUAGCAUUUCUGACAUUUAGAUAACCUUAACUUCUGCUGACCUCCUCCAGGUCAGUCUCACUGUGACGACUAAUUAUCACUCAGAUAACCAUGUUCUCUGAGCUAUCAAGACAUGAAAUGUAGGGCUGACAGGAGAGGGGAAUUGAUAUGAAGAUAUUAGGAGUUCAAAGGCUAACUGCAUUCUCUUACUCAUUGUGAUAUUCUUUUCAUCCACAGAGCUAGUUGAAAAUUUUGAUGAGCCCUCAAGG